AUGCGAUGCGCGAGCAAAGCCGCCGAGAGCGCGUUCGCACGUCUCUGUGAGGACGCCGAAGCAGAAACCACAGCAACUGAUGUCUCAUCGGUUGCUGAAGCGACUCAGCCUGUGUCACUUGGUGAUGCAGGCGCUCGUCAUGAAGACACUCAUGUCUUCACAGAGUAUGAGCUCGGUGUCUCAUGCUCUCCUGAUACGGAAGACGGAUCCGUAUCGACGGAGAUCGAAACCAAGCCGCCUGCCAGGCGUGGCAUGGAUGAUGCUAUGCGUCGCAGCAUCUUUGGUUCAUCUGAUGAAUCAGAUGAACCAUCGCCGAAGCGAAGGCGCUCGAGGUCGCGAGACUCGGGCGCUAACAGUGGUGUCAGUUCUCCUAUGGACACCACUUCGCAACGAGGUGCCAGUCCUUCUGUCGGCACGUCGCAAGAAGAGCGGGACCGCAAUGUCUUGCGUCUCGCUCCUGAGAAGAAGGCAUGGCUGCCUCCUAAAUCUUUCAUGGAUCACUUGUCGGCGACGACGAGUGAUCUUUAUCAAAUACGGUUGUUCGAUUCGUCAAGGAUUUAUCACCUUGACCCCAGUGCGAAAAACUAUCGCGCUGAGAUUGAAUUCUUCAUCGAUGCUUUCUUUAGACAUCAAUGGUACAGUGGGAAUCACAAACGUGAUGGUCCCUCACUACACUAA